CCUGGCAACAUGUAUGCAGGGGAAAUGUCUCUUCCAAGAUUGUUUUUGGGAGAAUUGAUCAAUGACAUCCAGACCUGGAAAUCUCUACGUUGGCAAGAAGUGAACAUCAGAACAAAUGAUAAUUCCAUACCAAUCAAUGAAUCAAGUGGAAAGUUAUGGAAUCAAGAUUAUUUUACUUUGACAUUUCCCAAACCACUCCAGCCAGGUAGAAAAAGAAGAUCAAGACCUUCAGGAUCACAAAUCUCAGUUCCUGGACAUGACAAAAGAAAAUUAGAGGAAGUUCAGAAGCCAGCUCAUAUAAGGAUAAGGCAUUCUUUAAAAAAAAAUUCCCAAAGGCCAUCUGUUUGCUUAACUGUCAGGAGACAGGCUCCAUUCAGAAACCCUUAUACUCUUAAAGCCCAUUAUGAAAAUGGAGAACCUAAAAAGUCCAAAGAUGACAAAAAAGGAAGAACUUUGCAAAGAAAUUCCAAGAAAAACAAAGGCCCACAAGAAAAAACUACACAAUCUAAAAUGGUAAAUGAUGAGAAACCUAAAAGAGGAAAUCGAGCAGCUAAAACUCCAUCAAAAUUAUCAUAUAACAGUGAGCUAUCUAAGGAUUCAAAGUCCAAAUUAGAAAUAAAUCCAGAAUCCAUUGAUUUUAAGACAGUCUCAAUGUAUCAAAAAAAAGGUAAGAGAGAUUCAAAGAAUUCCAAAGAGACAGAUAACAAAUUCACAUGUGCAAAGAAGGAUUCUAAGGACUCAAAGAACAAUUCUGAUGCCAAAGCACAUAUUUGUUCAAACAGUAGUUCAAGUAUGGGUUUCAUACUGUAUUUGGAGGAGUCUGAUGCUGAAUCCAUGAAGUGUGAUAUGUGGUUAAAGAAUGACUCUCAGAAUAAUUCAAAGAAGACUUCAAAGAAGGACACAAAAAAGGAUGCAAAGAAAAGCUCUGAUGCUGAAUCUGUAGACUCAAUGGAUGCAAAGAAAGGUUCAAAGAAGGCUAAGAAAGAUUCAAAGAAAAGUGACAAGAAAAAGAAGGAUGCAGUGUCUACUGAUGCUGAAAGUGAUUCUGAAUUGGAGACAAAGAAUUGGAAGAAAGAUGAAAAGAAGAAUAAGAAAGAUUCAAAAAAAGAGGACAAGAAAAAGGAUGCCAAGAAGGAUGUAGUGUCUACUGAUGCUGAUUCUGAAUCUGAAUGGUAUUCAAAAAAAGGUAAAAAAGAUGAAAAAAAGGAAAAGAGAAAUUCAAAGAAAGAUGACAAAAAUAAGUUUGCAAUGAAGUCUGAGGAGUCCACUGAAACUGAAUCUGACUGGGAUAAAUAUCUGAAGGAUAAAUAUGAUUCAAAGAAGACUAAGAAAGACUCAAAGAAAGAUUCCCAAAAACAGGAUGCAAAGAAGGUCAUAGAGUCUACUGAUGCAGAAUCUGAUGAAUUUUCCAGGAAACAUUCAAAGAAGCCCGAGACAUUGAAAAGUUCAGAUGCUGAAUCUGAAGAGUCAGUGUAUAAACUUGGGGCUAAAAAGAGACUUGCUAACGAAUCAGAUGCUGCAUCUACAGAUUCAAAGAAGGAAAAAUUGGAACUAAAGAGAGAAUCCAAAAUGUCAUUCAAAAAGACUACAUUCAAAGAAAAAGGGAAAAAAACAGGUCCAGGUAGAGUCCCUCCAUCAAGAGAAAGACCACCACUACCUCCUUGUGAGCCUUUGCUACCAUCACCCAAGAUCAAACGUCUCUGUCAGAGCAAGAUGCCUGCUGCUCCUCUAAAACCAAGAUAUGCUCCUUUGCCUGAAGCAAAGUGGAUUCAUAAGCUGCUUUAAAAAACAACUGAGAACUUGGUUUCACAGAAUGGCCUUACCACAGUAAAUACUGGCUACUCUCAAGUGAACAUUUCUACUUCUGUGGAACUGUAAUAAUAAAAGCAAGUCUUU